AUGGAAGAGAAGCAGCUUUUCGGUGCCCUCCAGGUGUACCGCGAGCGAGGUGCGUACCUCCGCAGACUCGAACAAUUUGAAAAAUCCAAGGCUUCGUACGAUGAAGCUUAUAGAAAUACCCAAAAUGAUGUGCGGCUGCUGAUCGGGCGCAGCCAAGUAUGCGCGGACGCAGUUCGGCCGCUGCAGGCGUACGACGACGCCGAGCUGGCGCUCAAGCUAGAGCCCAGUAACAUGAGCGCGCGCAACAUGCAGGCCGUUGCGCUGUACACCAUGUCCGACUUCGAGCGGUCCGUCGUUGUCAACUACCGCGGCUCGAGGUUACGACGGCAACCACCAUACUUCAUGGAAGGUAUCAUCCAAGGUUUAGAGACCAUACAGGACUGUGUCGGCAAAAACUCCGGCCACGUAAUGCUCGAUUUCUUGCCAAUCAUAAAAAAACACGAAGAAAUGCGAGGGGAUGAACACGAACCACAAAAAGUGUUACGAGUUUCUCGUAUUCCCCAUCCAGAGCAAGUUAAAAAACUGACGCAAAUGCAGGCGCGCAAACAUUUGCUUUUGUCGCGGGUGCUUGCUAUGAAAUACCUCGGCCCUAUGGCUUAUGAUAAAUUUUUCUUAAAAGAACUUACCGAAGAUCCUCGGAUUAAGUCCGCGAAUUCAAAAGGAAGUAAAGUAUUACAAAGACUAGUCGACGAAACUCUACAAACGCUUACCGAAAGGCAAGAAAUGUUGCGCACUCAACGACCUUACUAUAGCAUCAAAUUAGCUGAAAAGUCAGUAUCGAAUUACCAAAAUAAGUUCAAGGAACAGCUGCUCCAAAAUGAGCGCGUCACAAACACGCGGACAGCUAAUCGAUUAGUACAACAAAUAGAGGCUUGCAUGAGGCAGCGUCGCACCAUGGAAUUGAUAGCAAAAGCUGAUCGAAUGCAGAUGUUCCUUGAUACUAAAACUCCACGUACAUUACCAGAUAAAGAACUAUUUAUAGAUCGUUUAUAUAAGGCUGUGGGAGAAGGUUAUCUGUUGCAACACAGGGUCUCUUACAGACUCAGCGAACGCGGUGUUCGACGCCGCAUAGCUUUCUUGAUGGGAUUACCGGUGGGUCGACCCAAGUCUUAUGAUUCUGUCAUAGCACAGGCUCCUGCUAAAGUCGAUAUUAAGGUAGCUACUGAACGGGUAGCGACAAGGCUCGAGAUGUGCGAGAAUUCUUUUAUGAGAUGUUGGUUAUUGUACGAAAUGGCUCGUUUACAAACCACGCAGAAAAACUAUGCGCUCGCCAAAUUUUACGCUAAACGAUGUCAACGUGAAGCUCAGGAGCUGAACAGCGUGACUUGGUGGUUGAAUGGGUGCUUCGUUCUGAUCGGCGGAGACAUGCAACAAGGAAACUCGAACGAAGUGCGCAUUGAAGUGGAGGAGGCGUUCAAAUGGACGCAGCAAAUGCAAGACCCGGAACUGGUACGAACGUUCCUUCUAAAGUGUUACGAGAUGGCUGCAGAACCGUUCAGUGUGGAUGAAACUAAGGCAAUAGAACAACGUGAGAAGGACAUCCUGAAAGUAAUGGACGAUACUACGCGCGUUGAGACCCAAGUGUUAUUCAAGCAGAUCUCCCGGUUGCCGCCUGGCCGUCGCUUCCAUGUGCUGCCGCGAAAGCGCGAGCAUGGGCCGAUGACCUCGGAGCGUCGCAAGCACAGGCAGCGCGGGCUCACCGUCGUCCCGGGGAUGGAGAAAGGCUUACCCCCGGAACCGAAGUCUGAUACUCUCGGAUUCCAAAUAUUUGACAUGUAG